AUUGUUCCGGGUAGGCCUAAAGCACUAAUGAAAUGUGUUCGUUAAGAAAUUCCGGUGUGGUUUUGCAAUGUGCUUACCACCAGCACUAACUGAAAAAGUGAGAUAGAGGAAGAGAGAGGGAGGGGAACUGAAAUGACGAACACAAUGGAUUCAGUAUUUAGUAAAAUUGCUUUAAUAAUGUAGGAUAUAUUUUAUUUAUAUUUUUUAUAGAAGUUUGUAAAUUAUUUAUGCGACACCAUGGACUCUAACAUAAUGGACAUUCUAGAAGAAUUCAUGGAAAGUGCGUUGGUGACUUGGGUACAGCUCUUUGAUGGUGUUGUGGACAGGGAGGAGAAUGUCAUGCUCUUCAACCAGUACAUGGAGGUGAACUCCAAGUCCCAGAAUUCCCAUGACCGCUACCUGAGGCUGACCAAUGGGAUCUUUCUCAACGAGGUCAUGAGGGUCAUAGACCCCAACCCCAAGCUGGAGCAUUUGUACCGCAGUGGGAGAGAUGACCAGAUGCUCCGAGUCCAGAACUUCUCCAUCCUCAACCGACACCUCAGGGCCUUCUACCAGGAAGACCUACGGCAGCUGAUUCUGAUGCCUCUCCCGAACAUUGCCAUUUUGGGGCAAGACCCCCUAACAGAGGCAGCAGUGGAGGAGUUGAGGAGAUUGCUCCUGCUUUUACUGGGAUGUGCUGUACAGUGUGAGAGGAAGGAAACAUUCAUACAGCAAAUCCAGUCGCUGGACAUCGAGACUCAAACUGCCAUUGCCAACUGUAUCCAGGAGGUGACCCAGGACCCCAGAGCGGUGCUGCCGCUGCAGUGGGAGGAGCUGGGAGGGCUGGAGGGGGUGGAGCUACAGGUGUUGUUUGGCUCCAUGGCCAGACAGAUCCAAGGCCUGCUGGCACAGAGGGACACACACCUGGAGACGAUAGCAGAGUUGUGUUGGAAGAGUGAGGUCCAGCAGGCUGAGUCUGUCAUGGCAACCCGAGGUGGUCACGUUGACGAGCAGCCCCAGGGUCUGGCUGUCCAGCUAGCAGACAGCAGGGCCAAACUACGACGCCUCAAACAAGAACUAGAAGACAAAGGGGAUCAACUAUUGGAUCACAAGCAGGAAGUACAAACUAUGGACGAGCAGCUGAAGAAACUUCAGAAAGAGAACCGCAGUCUUCAGGGUGAGGUGCGGGGAAUGCGAGCGUUGCGUGACGAGCUGGACUGUCUUCGUGACCGUGCAGGCAGAGCCGAGCAGCUGCAGACAGAAGUACAGAGCUGCACUCAUAGACUACGCAGCCUGGAAGUCACUCGCACACAACUGAAGGAGCAGCAGCAGCUGUGUGUGGCACUGCAGGAGACCCGGGUCCUGCUGGAGGAGCAGCUGGCGGACACACGACAACGCUGCUCGAGCCUACGUGAGCUGGAGAGGGACAAUCUACUGCUGCGACGAAGACUCAUAGACCUGGAGGGGGAGCGGGAUACUGAGAGGCAGAGGGUCGAUGAGCUGUUAGAGAUGAAUAUGGGCCUGGAGGCGGAGCUUAGACAGGAGCUUAGACAUAACAACAACAAUACAGGCACGAUGACAGCGGCUCCACAUUUCCACCAAUUGGAGGUGGAGUCUGACGAGGAGGCUGGGCUAAGAGUGGAGCUAAGAGAAGAGAUUGAUCUGAAGCCUCUGAGUGUGGAGGUGGGCGAGGCAUCGUCACUGAGGCUUCUGGGAGCUGAGAAUGAGAACGCUGAGCUGAGGAGACGCCUGGAGGACCUGCAGUCCGAACAGGAGUUCAGGGGUCAGAGGCAAGCUGAUUUGCCGGAGGUGAGGGAGGAGCUGGCCUGUCUGGAUGCAGAACAUCAGAAUACGCUAAGAGAGUUUCAGAACGUCAAGAAUGAAAAUGCCACUUUGAAAAAGAGCCUGGAACUGCUGUUGACAAAGCGUCAAAGUAUUGAGGAAGAAGGAGAGAAGGAGGAGAGGGGAGAGAAGGAGGAGAGGGGAGUCCAAGGUUCUGAGUCCUCAAGAGGAGAAGGGGAGGGUACUGCCCGGAGAGGGUUGGACAGUGAAAGGGGAGCCAACAUCAUUAGAACCCAAAGAGAAGCUGGAGUUGGGGCAGAGCUGCUCCAUCCUGAAGAGAGAGAGGUGGAAGCAGAGGAUCAGGUGCUGAAACCCAAAAAGAGAGAAGAAGAAGCAGAAUGUGAGAAGAUAGAGAGAGAGAUAAAAUAUGUUACAAAUGAGAAGGAAGAUGAUCUUGGGAAGGCAGAUAUUGACAGGAAAGAGAUACAAGCCCCCAGCCCAGCCACUGAAGAAGAGAAACUACCAAAAACAAAGGAGAGAGAAGACAAAGUGGAACUCAGUGAAAAAGACGUGUGUGUGUUCCCUGGGCCUGAAGUGGAGCGCCUGGCCUCUGAGCUCCAGCAGGCCCUGGAGGAGGCUGACAAGCAGGUGUCUGUAGCCCAGGACCUGCGCUCCAAGCUGGGGGAGCAGAGCAGGAAAGCCUGGGAGGCUGAGCAGAGACUGGUGCUACUGGAGGCCGAGGGUCAGAGACUGAGGAAGGCUUCAGAGAGCCUGGCGGAGGCUAGGAGACAGAUAGAGGUGCUACAGGGGGAGCGCCUGGAGAUGGAGGAGGAGCUAUGUCGUCUGCGGAGCCAGGCUGAGCUGCAGCGGAUGCAGGCCUCGGUCAUCGCUACUCUGGAGGGGGAGCGAGCCACGCUGGAGAGAGAGAGAGAGACCCUCCGUAGCUCUGUGGACACCCUACGCACUGCCCAACGCAAGGGUGACCAAUUGGAGCUGACGACCCAAGCUCUGAGGGCGGAGCUAGAGCGCCAGGGGAGGAGUUUGGAAUCCUCACGGCGCAAUGAGGAGGAGCUAGAGGCGGAGCUUCGUGAGGUAGCACUAGAGGUGGAGUCUCUGACCCGGGGGCGGGACCAGGCUCUGCUGGAGGCCUUGCGAUUGGAGCAGGAGAAGGAGGCGUGCCAGGGCGAGCUGGACAGCCAACGAAAGGAGCAGAGGCAGAGGGAGAGGGAGGCGGCCAGGCUGAGGCAGCAGCUACAGAGUACAGCAUCAGCCCUGGAACACAGCAACCAGAGGGCCUGCAGUCUGGAGACAGAGCACAGGCAUGUGUGUCAGGAGCUGUCUCAAUCCAAGGAGCUCUGUGCUCAACUACAGGACCUGGAGCAGGAGGUCGGUACUCGGCUACAGGGUCUGGAGAAGGAGAGCCAGGAGCUUAAAGAGCUGAACACAGAAGCCCAGGAUAAAAUCAGAUCUCUGACUCAGGAGCUAGCCAAUGAGAAGGUGCAGUCUCAAAAACUGUCCAAUGAGGCUGCACGGCUGAAGCAGGAGUUGGAGAGGGCAGAGGCGGAACUGAAGACAGUUACCGCUGACCUUCUUCUUUCAGAGAAGCGGGAGAGAGAUGCCGUCCCUGCUAAUAUCCCACCAGAAAGCCCUGCUAACACACAGCAGGCUACAUCCUCAGACACACUCACAUUAGAGCACCCAGAGGCUAAAGAUGCCCAAUCAAAGGAGGGCCACGACCUCCCUACGACCCCAAAAGCUGGAGUAGAGAAGACGGACUGGUCUCUGAGUGAACGACUGAUAGACCUGGAGAGAGAGAAUGCAGCGGUGGGCGCAGAGCGGGAGGUGUUGCUAUGCCAGCUGUCUCAGUCCCAGUCAGUCGGUAGCCACCUGAGGGAGCAGAUAGACACCCUGCAUCAUCACUCCAUCAGCCUGCAGGAGACCUGCACCAAGCUGCAGACACUCAACACUCAGCUACAGGUGGACCAGGCGGCCCUGAGCUUCCAGCAUGCAGCAGUGUUGGCGAGGUGCAGCGAGAGCGAAGCCAGGUGUGCUGCUCUGGAGGCGGAGUCUAAGGUGUGGGCCAGGGAGCAUGAGGAGUCAUUGGCCAGGAUGGAGGGGCUGAGGAGGGACCAGGAGCGAAUGACAAUGUUGCAGCAGAGGCAGGAGGUGGAGCUAGAGGAGCUGCUGGAUAGACACUCUGACCUGAGGAGCAACAACCGUAACCUGGAGACACAGUACAGGGAGCUGGAGGGAAGGUAUCAGGAGCUCCUGGGCCUCAAAUCCCAUCUGGAGGAGAAAGAAACAGAGAUGAAGAUGGAAAGAGAGAAGAUGGAGGGAGAGGUGCAGAAGAAAGCGGAGAGAGAAAGAGAACUAGAGAGACUGAAAGAGGAUUAUGAGAGGCUGCAGGGCGUGCAGAGGGAGUCAGCUCAGGUACAGAGUGAGCUGCUGGCUCAGGGCUCGAUGCUGCGGGGUGAGCUGAGUGCUGCCCAGCUGGAGAGGACCAGGCUGGAGGGAGAGAUCAACUCUCUGAGGGAGAACAACCAGAGACUGGAGCUCUGCACUGACCGCCUCACCAACCAGUACCAGCUGCUGACCCAGCUGAAGGGGAACAUGGAGGAGGAGAACCGUCAUCUGUUGGAGCAGAACCAGAGUCUGACCAAUCACAACAGAGACCUGAUGGAGCAGAGCCUGGAGCGCAAGGACCAGCACCACUCACAGCAGAGAGAAUACCAGGAGAAGAUGGGUGAACUGCGUAGAGAGAAACAGAAGCUGGUGGAGAAGAUCAUGGAUCAGUACAGAGUCCUGGACCCCAGCAUGCCUACAUCCAUCAAGGCCAAGAAGUCCAACUGGAUAGCAGACAGGAUGAAGAAGCUGAUUAAGCCUAAAGGAGGAGGAGGGAGAGAGGGACGUGCUCUGUUCUACGCUGCUGGCAGUAUAGAAAACCUGGCUGACAGUGCAGACUACCCACCAGACACACAGACUGCUGCUGGUUCUGACCCCCGCAGUGCCCCCGUCUCCCCCUCCCCCCUGCGACAUGCCACCUCUCUGGGUGACUCUGACCAGGCGGUGGGGCUGUGUGGGCUGCCGCUGCGUUCAGGUUUGGGGGGCCGUCGAAAGCUGGGCUCCCAUCGAAAGCUGGGCUCCCAGUCCUUCAGUCCCGGAGACCAGAAGACUUCACCCCUCCAGCGUCUCCAAUCUGCAGACAGAGUGAUCUGGGAAGGGCAGAGCAGCCCUACAGACACACCCAAAACCACACUCAUGACCUCAGCCAACAACAGCCAGGAGAAUGUGAUGGAGGAGGAAGGAAGAGGUGAGGAGGAUAAAGCCGUGAGUGGGGACAACAUUGAAGGACAUCUCAACUCAGACCCCUGCUGUCAGUCCAGUAAGGAUAAACCGGAAAACUAAAAGAGAAUUACUACCUUUCUGCUUCAACUGGAGUUAACAUGAUCCUUUGCACACAUCCGACCUCUGCAUACAGAUCUGAUCUAAAUCCAGAUAGGGACUCAAAUUAAAAAAGUGUCAAAUUCAAAUGUUUUGUCUGAUUUUUGUAAAAGGUGCCAGAAAAUACAGUAUUUCCGAUUCCAUAGACUGUAAACAAAAUGUUUUUCUACCAGCUAGUACUGUAUUUGUAUAUAUCAUUGAAGAGAUGCCUCUGUUCUUCUGGGGUGAUAAGCAGCAGUUUCUUCUCUGUGGCCAACAGGUGUCAGUGUAGAGCUAGUUAGACACCAAUACAGAUCAGAUGCGGGAGAAUCUUUGAAAUGAGAAACAUGGCAUGUAGGUCCAUCACGACUGUAGGGCCUCUCUGGUUCCCUGCAUCCCACACCAAGGAAGUAACACCUCAGCAUUUCAGCUGGGGAGGGUGAGGGGGAUGGAGGGAUUAAGGGGAGAGAAGACUGACACUAAAGGAUAAAAGCAGAGAGAGAGGCUCUCCACUGAAGCCCCGGUGAAUUACGAUUCAGAAAAAGACAAAUGGAAGGCUAAUACAAUUCAUGAAUUAUGUAGUUGUCAUGGCAACAUUAAUCAAAAUGAGGCCCCAGCCUCUGAACAUUUUGUUUAUGAAAUUGAGAUGCAUCCAGCGUGAGUGAGUGUGAGUGUGGAGGAUGAUAUUGGGCCUGCCACUCAGUCAGACAUCUCCAUCUGACACCUGCAGACAGACAGCAACCACAAGGUGAAAAAAGCAGUGACAUAAAAACCCAGAACAAAGACAAUGAAACUCCUUCUCAUUCCUUACAUUCAAUAAAACUAAAUGCAUUGUACAUCUGUGCCAGUAGUCAUUAACAUGUACGUUUGAAGAGUAGGGGUGUAAAAAAAAAGAGACAUUUCUGAUUCCUUUCAGCCAAUAGACUAGAAUAAAAGUCAAAUGACAUAAUGUACACAG